AUGUUCAAGCUCGAACCAAGGACCUCUUUCGAGGUCCCUCCCGACCAGCCGGAUGUUGAUGAUGACGAUAUUUCGUUAACAUCAACAAUUCCUGAGGAACAUGACCCGGAUGAAGAGUUCGAAGUUGAGGAAAUCUUGGCUGAGGAUAAAAGCCCAAACGGCAAGAUGUACUACUUAAUAAAGUGGGCAGGCUUCCCGCUGCAUGAAAGCACUUGGGAACCUGAAGAUAACAUAAAAGGUAAUGAACUCUUGCCGAUGUGGGAAGAAGAGAAGGCCAGGCAGCGUGCCGGCCUAAGCAAGCCUUUCGAGCUCAGUGACUUCCACGAAGCUCAAGCCAGAGUUAAGAGAGAACACCAAGAGCGGCACCGCCGUCGCAAUGCUAAGCGGAAACGACUGGGACUGCCCUUAACUCCUCCAUUUGACGAUGAGGACAUUACCGACAAUGAGGCUCAAGAAAUUAGUGAGAUCGAGGAUUUAAGCCCUAAGUCUGUACCACUCCAUAAAACACGACCACCUAUCCCAGCAAAGAGGACAAAGGCAUCUUCCGGUUCAGAAACGGUCCGGAGAUCAUCUGCCUCUUCGCUAUCUGGACUGUCCAAAGCCCAACGAAAUGAAAGUAGGAGGUCAAGUAUUGGAGAUGAUAAGUCGAGCUCACGCAGCUCCUCAUCAACGAAGCGCGAUCAAGCUGUGCCCCCUCCUGGCGUAUCUCGAAAGCCCAGCAAGACACCAGGCGAAUCAACGAUAAAAGCUGCCAUCUCAUCGACAUCAGUACCAAAACAGCCUGAUAUUACUGGGGCCAAGUCGAAACUAAAAGCCAAAAGGAGCGCCGUUCAGCCAGCGGGAAAUAUCUUCGUCAGUGGAAAGAUCAUAAAUCCUCGACCAAAUCUCACAAAUGCUAUGUCCGACCCGACAAAAGAGCCCAAGUUAUUUCAUAAACAUCACUACCGCAGAUUGGCGGAGAAGCGCAGCCGAGAUACCGAGGACAUUGCGCCAGCAGAUCCAUCGAAGCUCCCAGUCCCUCUGUUCAAUCUCUCUAAGGGGCCAGAUGCGAUUAGAAGAUCAUCUGCAUCGAAUGGCAAACCCGAUAGACCCGGUCUGUUUGUUUCCCAGUCCGAUAGCGCCAGCCCAGUAACGCCUGUCAACCCAUCACUAACGACAACUGUUCCAAGCGCGGCGCCGCCUGCCCUACGGACUUUCACCACAGAUGAGCCGGCAAAGAAGAAGCGCAAAUCCGUCCGGUUUCUGGACGACGACGUCCCUCCAGCACAGGAGCCCGAACCCAUGGACAUUGACAGCCCUGGGAACCGUCAAAACAGCAUCGUUGACCCCCCUGAGCCAGGCGUCCAGCCGGCCAGACCUUGCUUGGACUUUGAUAGUUGGAAGCGUCCUCCAGAAACUCAAUCUACCCAGAAGCGCCUCAUAGCCGGCAAGAUAUCCCUGCAAGCGACAUUCAACAACCUGCCGAAGGAGGAGCUUCCCCAGCAUGAAUGGCUGAACGACUUUCUCUCUAAGGAGACCAUCGAGUUUACGCAUUCAUGUUUCGUCAACGCGGUAGCAACUCAGCUGAGCUGGCUUCUUCGAGAGCCUCUGGCAUGUGGCACUAUUGUGUCUUCGGACCAUCAGAUCCUUGACCAGGUGGCAGAAUACCUGACAGCCGGGUUAUUGGGGCUAUACUGCGGAAAGACCGAAUACAAUAUCAUUGUGUACCCGGCCAAGUGCGACGACUGGAAGACGCUUCCCUUGGGCCAAGAGCCGGAAAACACCAACGACACAGCCGUUCUAAGAUUCUUCAUCUUCGUCGCGACCCAGGACUGCCGGCUUAUGCUUCCUCCUUUGCCUGAUGAGCUACCAGUCCCUAGCACGCCAGCUGCUGAAACAGAACAGGCAGAGGAUACACAAGAGAAGAAGAAGCCAGAAAAGAAUGACCGCACAAAGUCCGAGCAGGGAGUUGUGCCUACAGCUCGAACCCUCCUUAUGAAGCGAUUCUUCGGCUUGGAGUACGAAAAAUUGUUCCCCGCAGACAAAUUUCGACUCAAGCCUGAUACCUUCUUCUUAGCAGUCCCUAGGUCAAGACAGGAGCCCAUGAAGAUGAUCUACCAUUGGCUACGGGACUGUAAUCCAGAGUGCCAGGUCUACAACAGCCUGAGCCCGGGUAGCUGGCAGGCUUUUCGGGCUCGUGUUGAGGCUAACGCUGGAGUGAUCAUUAUCCAUGAAUCACUGGCGUGGUCUCUUCGCCGGUUUCCAGAUCUGUCAAAGUUUCUUCGGGGGAAAAAAGAUGAAUACUGGUGCUUGACGGAGCCCAUGCAUCGGCUUCCCAUGUAUCCAUCUAUCGCGCCGUCAGAGAAUGCUCGCCCCGGGGAGAUGCGGCUUAUUCGGCUCUUUCCCUAUCGCACAGUCAUCAUGUUAACGCCCAGCUUCAUGGUCACAGCUCCCCGGCAAACCUUUGAACUCUUGAGUUGGUUCACGGCCUUUGCUUGGGGAUUCUACUACCGACUUAUCGUACCUUACAACUUCCACGAGUACUUGUUCGAGGUGGCCGAAGACAAAAAGGGGCAACGCGAGUUUGCGCUUAAGAGGUAUCGCGGAUGUAUACCUCCCGAUAUCGAAGCCGCGAUUGAUACCGAAGAGGACAGCAAAUACCGGAUGGCUGUGGCCAACAUUGCUUCAGAGCUGAACUUUGUUCGGGGAGCUUGCGGGGGACUACAUGCGCAUAGAGAGAACGAAUGCACCGUUAUCUAUGCCGACCAGUCGAUCGACCCAAAUGACGAGCAAAGCCUAGUCAAUUGGCUGGGCUGGUGGUCUAUCUUGCGCGCUGACCAGUUCCGCAAGUUCUAUGUUGUCGGAUCAAGCCAUAAGAAAGGAGACCGCAGAGCGGAGCUGCGCAUACGAAUCCCCAAGUAUUCCAAGGUGACGCUGAACGAUCCGGAUGCCGUUAUGGACAUUAUCCAGGAGAUGAAUAACCAGGCAGAUGAUGAGGAAGACGGGAAGAUGGAGAGGAGCCAGCAGCAACGGCAGCUCGAGCUGGUGCAACAGCACCAGAGAGGAUGGUCAUUCCAAAGUGAUCUCAUUCCGAUAGAAAAUUUUGCAAGGAUCUCGGACUAUCUGGAUCACCUUGAAUACAGCCUUGACCUGCCCAAGGAACGGCGUCGUUGGGUUCUCUACAAGUUUCCGGUGUCCUGGUACGACAUCCAAAUGGCCGACUAUUAUGACGACACGCAGCUCCUGUACAACAGGAUCAACGAAUGGUUCAACUUCGCAUGGCCCUUCGGUGGACCUUCUAAGAAGUCCCCUUACAACACAUAUGUCGGCUUCUUCUACACCACCGACGACGACUGGGAUCCGGAUAACCCUCCCGACGGAAAGGCCCCCAAACCGGUGAAGCGGUAUCCCUGGCUCGCGAUCUACCGGCCUGUUAACCCUCACAUCAAGCCUUUUCAACGGACUGAGGUGAUCAUCUGGGAUGCCCGCGCCAAAACCAAAUUUAGGGGUAAAGAGAGAAUACCUGAGAAGGAGCUCGUCUGGAUGCAGCGCGCCAUGAUUCAGCAUAUCCGUGAAUAUGGCGACCAGACUAAUCACGGGACUUAUCUCGACCGCGGCUGGCUUGGGGGGUUUGAGUGGCCUGCCGACUGUGACAGCCCUUACCUCUUCGACGUGACCCUGCGUUUCCUCGAGCGCAUGCUGGUCGACCUCAAAACUUUCCUCCCCGCGCCAGAGCACGCCAUGAUCUCUAGAGGCUACAGGCCUAUAAACUUCGAUAACAUUCAGGAUACCACUGCCGCCAGCCUUUCGUCCGCCAACCGCCUGCCCCUUGACCGUCCGGACCGUCUUAACGGUGAUGCGAGCGCGGCAAUCGACAUUGAUAGCAGCGAUGAUAAUGGUAAUAGCCGCUCGGCAACUUUUGUGCCGUCGGAAGAUUCUGACGAUGAGGACGCUGAUGACGACCCCGAAAACACGCGUAUUAUCUUCCACCCGCCGCGGGCAACUAGGUCUUUUAACCCCCCUGCCACUGGGCAAUCUUCCUCUUGCACUGAAACAGCCACGGCGCCAACGUCGGCAUCACUCUACCUCCGCUCGAAAUGCCGUAAUCGUCUCUAUGAGGAGGCUCGUCUGGCGAGACUCCAGCGGAAGGCUCGCUUACGCGAGGGUAGGCAUGAAGAAGAUGAUGAUGGGAAGAUGCUGUACUCAUUCUUGCCGACUCUUGAAUGGUACAAGGAUUGGCAGGAGGAAGGGAGGGAUUUUAAGCAUCUGAAUGUGGAUGAGUGGGAGAGGAUUUUUCCGCUGUUAAAGAUCAGUUCGGGAUUGGAAUCUGGAGCGACGUUGACGGCUGGGGGUGUUAGUGCUGGGUCUGUUGCUGGAACUGUGCCGGGAAAUGCUGCGGGGAGUAGAGCAGUUAAGGAAUAA